AUGGGACUCGAACAGCAAUCCUAUGUACUAGGAGCAUGGUAUUAUCCAGCGGAGCGCACGUCGGAUGACCGUCUGGUCGACUUGUGUGAACAGACGGGCCUCCUUAUCGCUAAGCGGAUGAUGAGGACUCUUAAGCUUCAGCUCGACUACGUUCUGGCGAGAAACAUUCCUCAAUCAGAUAUCCGAAAAUCUAGAGUUGUUUGGGACGUCGCGUUCGACUCUGACUACCGUCCAAAUCUUCUCAGCUUCAAGAUACGGUUCCACAAGAGAAACCGAGGAGUUCCUCUUCAACCGAAAAUCGACAUGGCAGGUCUGAAAGACGGUGAAUGCAGAACGAAAUUCCGCCAAUGCGUGUCUAUUCAUGUUGGAGUACGGACCAGGAAGAAGUUUAGCGAUGCGGAUUCCUUCAUAAAGUCCAUCCAGGACGCUGCAAGGGAAACGCUCCCAGUUCUAUUGCCACGGAAGAAGUUUGCCUUUGCAUUUGCGGAAACAAAAUCCACGUACAAUUCUGUAUGUGUCGCGCGCAGCGCUGAAACCAGGAAAAGCGUCUUAGAAGGAAGCUGCGUCGUCAACUGCAACAAGACAGCGAUAACGAGUGGACGUCAAGAGCGCUUGAAAAGGCGUGGGAGGACAAGAACCCACGGAAAACCAAAGAUGUUCUCCUGUCCUCAACACUGCCAAUGA